AUGACUAAACUAAAAAUCUUUUCCAUAUACAAAAAUACGAAUACUAGUGUGUUAAUAAAGAACAUAGUAUCUUUAAAUUAUCGUUUCUAUUCUACUGAUAACAAUAUUACUCCUUCGUGUACUAUAUUCGUCCCUGUUAUUUCUUAUCCAAACGCAGACACAAAAAAAACAGAUAUACUUCAGGAUAAUAAAGAUAAAGUAGGAAUAUAUAGAUGA